AUGCAGGCAUUCAAGGCGACUCUUCUUAACGGCGCAACUGUAUCAGGCCACUACUCCCGCCCGGAGACUUCGAGUCCGCCCCAUGCGGCCUUAGACGACAGCAGGCGACCCUUAUUCGUGGCCAUUCAUGGUGGUACCUAUUGCUCAACCUACUUUGAUGCCGAUUCGAAACAUUCAGCUGUCUUGUGCAGCAACGGCCUCGGGGUCCCAGUGGUUGCAAUUGAUCGCCCUCUGUACCAAGAAACAACGUCAUUCUAUCCGAUUCCAGAGGGUAAGACUUACCACGAGGGGCUCGCUGUCCACCUUCACAAGUACAUCCUCCCCACAUUAUGGAAAGAAUAUGGCAAAGGAUGCGGCAGCAUGGUACUCCAUUGUCACAGUCUCGCUACGCCCAGCGCCGUUAUCCUCGCGGGGUGGUACGCCCAGGAACAGGCAAAGGGGGAGACACCGGGGUAUCCCCUCUCCGGCCUGACCAUUUCAGGGUUUGGCAGCCAGAAUAGGUCUACUAUCGUCGAGGGCGGCAAAGAGACCCCAGACCCACUCCCAGAGUACAUCGACAUCCCUCUCGACGUCAAGGAUAACCGCAUGUUUGAAAAGGGAACCGCUGACCCGGCAAUCUACGGGCAAACCAAGAGGCUGCACAACCGUAUGCCUUACGCGGAGCUGGGUGACUACUUUGCGGUCUGGGCUGGUGACAAAUGGCGAAAGCUCUGCGGCGCGGUUGAGGUCCCUGUCAUGAUCGGAAUGGCAGAGAAGGAUUCCCUAUGGUUUGGCACUGAGGAGCACGUCAGGGAGUUUGCCGGCGGUUUUAGCAGCAGUGAGAGGGUCGAUGCAAGCGUAGUCAAGGGCGCGCCGCAUUGCAUCGAGUUGAGCUACUGGGCCCAGGGCUGGUAUGCGAGGUGUUUUGGCUGGGCUCUGGAGUGUGCCGCUGCGUACGCUGCGAAGGAGAGAAAGAAUGAGGGUGCGUGA